CUUGCGGUGAAAUUGAAAGUUCACCCCUCAUCGGUGUUUUUUGAUCGUGAAGGUUUCUUUAUUCUAUUUAUUCAAAUUCCUGCUAAAUUUUUUCAAACAUAGUGUUCUGAAAGUGAAAAUGUGUAAUUCCUGUUACCAAUAAUAUGAACGUUUAGAAAAUAAUCUUGAAUUAUGUUACAUAAAAAUUCGCUCUUCAAGCAAUGCUGCAAUGUAUAUAAAACCCAGUAUUUCUACAUGUCUAAAAACACAAACUCCUCCAUGUACGUUUUCGAUAGAACGGCUAAAAAAUUACAGAAAGAAAGAGCUAUUAUCCAUCCUGAUAGUAAACUCGCCGAUUACUUGAAAGAAGAAGUGGGAUCGAGAAUUUAUGAUAAUUUAAUCGAUAUAAAAAGAAAAUUUAAUAAAAUAGUUGAUCUCAACUGCGGUCGUGGAUAUGUAAGUAAAUACAUAGAUCCGGAUAUGACUGAUGAAUUAAUUCUGUGUGAUUCGUCUUCAUUGAUAUUAGAUCAAUGUGAAGAGCCCAAAGGAGUAAAAUGCACUAAAAUGAUCGUCGAUGAAGAAAAUUUACCAUUUGAUCCUAAUUCCAUCGAUGUUUUUCUAUCUUGUUUAUCGUUACACUGGGUGAAUGAUUUACCAGGAUCGUUGUCUCAAAUUUUGAAAUGCCUUAAAAAUGAUGGUGUUUUAAUCGGGUCCUUAUUUGGUGGAGAUACGUUAUAUGAGUUGAGGUCAUCCUUGCAGCUGGCUGACUUAGAACGUAACGGUGGCAUUUCAUCUCAUAUUUCACCAUUUGCAGCUGUACGUGAUAUUGGAAGUUUAUUAACUAUGGCCGGAUACACUUUACUGACUAUUGAUACCGACGAGUUAAACGUUGGAUAUCCGUCUAUGUUCGAAUUAAUGUGGGAUUUGCAAGCCAUGGGAGAGAAUAAUGCCUCGAUCAACCGAUGCACUCAUCUGUCCAGAGAUACGUUACUAGCCGCAGCAGCAAUAUACGAAAAUAUGUACGGCGAACCGGGAAAAAUUCAAGCAACUUUCCAGUUGAUCAAUUUGAUUGCUUGGAAACCUGAUCCUUCUCAACCAAAACCAGCACGUCGUGGUUCCGCUGAAUUCUCUUUGAAAGAUUUAAACAAAUUAGAUGAAAUUAUCAAAGAAAAAGGCUUCAUAGAUUUAAAAGAAAAAGAAAAAAAGUAGUAUUUUUAUAUUAAAAUUGUGUUACCUAUUAAAAGUAAAGAAAUUUAAUCAAAA